AUGAUGAUACUAGAAUCGUUACCGAAUGAAAUUCUUCUUACCGUUUUCGAUUAUUUAUCUGGCGUCGACCUUCUGCAAGCAUUCUGUAAUCUCAACUAUCGCUUUAACAAUCUUCUUCACAAUCAAUAUCAAAGGUACUCUUUCGACUUCAGAUCGGUAUCAAAGUAUACUUUUACUACGAUUUGUCAACAAUGUCUACCUUCCAUCACAAAUGAAAUUAUCAGUCUACAUUUGAAUAACGACGGGACUACUCCUGGUCAAAUCGAUCUCUUUUCAUCGUACUUACCACCACUUACGCAUUUCAAAUAUUUACGAUCACUUUCAUUCCAUUCCAUUCAUUCAUAUCAAUUGCUGAUGAAUAUUAUAGAUCAAUGUCACAAUCUUCUUCAUAUUGGUCAUCUGAAAUUUAUUUCAUGUGAUAUUAAAAAUUGUGACAAUAAUGGUCAAUUGAUUAUCGAUAAUAUUUGGAAUCUAUCUAAUCUGACUCAUUGCGUAUAUGGUAUCUCAAUCCCAACUGAACCUAUUGGCUUAUGUCUUCCUCGAGUAAUCUCCACGUCGAUGCGAUACCUAUCGAUUCCUCAUGAUCAUAAUCGAAUCAAGUUGAGUCAGCUGCAUGACUUCUUUGAGCAUACACCACAUCUUAGAUAUCUAUCGAUACGAAUUGUACUUCGUGAUAGUGACGAUCGUCUACCGUUAACAUACCCAAAACUUUGCACCCUGGAUGUCAAUAUAACUAAUAUUUGUACUGAUUUACGAGUACAAUCGUUGUUGCUAAGGUUCCCAAAUUUACGUCGAUUAAUCAUUUCUUUAUCGUGGAUGUCAAUUGGCGGAGACCAAUGGAAAAAUAUCAUUACUAAUCACUUGCCUAACCUAAAAGUGUUUCAACUUCAAAUGAAUCAGACGUUUCUAUCGAGUCAAGGUAUCAAUGAAAAGGCGGAUGUGUUAUUUCAAUCGUUUCAAAGUCCAUUUUGGAUGAAUGAACGUCGAUGGUUCGUCCGAUGUUUGACAUUUGAUAAAAUAAUUCUAUUGUACACUCCGUCCUUCCGAACAUACACAAAUGUUAUAUCAACAUUACCCGAUUCGUUCCGAUCGACAUGUCCGUGCGAUGAUCAACGGGUGUUCUACGAGAACGUAAAGCAGAUCUUCAACUAUUCGUUAUUUGAUAAAAUCCUUUCGCCUGAUUGUCGUUUGUCUAACAUUGAAAGGCUUAGUGUGAAAAUGCCUAUCAAUGAUCGAUUUUGGUCCGUUGUGCCAAGUUUAGAGCGACUGACAUAUCUGAUCGUUGUAUGUUACGCUGAUAUUCAUUAUGAUCAAUUACAGAUGGUUUGCAAUCGAUCUCCUAAUCUCCAUUCGCUGCGGAUUCAUCAAGAUGAUGUGUUGCCUGCUCAGAUGUCAUUGUUUCAAUGCGAAAAUCUAUCGCUGAAAACGAUUCACUUGAAGCCUCAUUGGCGAAAGUUCAACAAGUAUCUCAAUCGAAACGAGUGUCUCCUAGUGUCUUCUUCGAAAAUAGUUGCGCAAUGUGAAGAAAUGUCACUUUGUGUCAUGGAACGUGAAAGUAUUGCUGAUCUGAUUUGCAGUAUGUCUCAUUUAAAGGCAUUGACAAUCGAAUGUAAAGAUGAUGAGUAUUUUGCCGGUACUUCCAAAUCGACAUCAAAUGAUAAACUUCUAAUUUGGCUGAAUGAUCAUUUACCAUCAACAUGUAUGAUAACAAGGGAUCUCAAAACUGAGUCAAGCAUUCGGGUGUGGAUAGGCUAG